AGUGGGGGCGGGCGGAGGUUUCCGAGGAGGAAGGAGCCGCCGCCAUUUUGGGAGCUUCGAGUCAACAAUAAAGGACCGAGGGUGCCGAGCGGGAGUGGCCUCGGUGAUUGAAGUGAGUGAAUUCAGAUACAUAACUCAACCUUGUUAGAGGGCUUUUUAAAAAAUAAAAAGUUGAUUCGGUGCAUGAGAGCAAGUUACUGCUGCUUACCGUUCAGAGACUUACAGGUGCUUGCCUGCAUUGCAAUAAAGGACUCAUAUAUUGAGCAAGACUUAUAUUUAUCUCUUCGUUUUGGAGAGCCUAAUAAACUGUUAUUACAGUUUCUCUACUGACUUUCAAAAGUUUUGAAGUUUGAAAGAGACACCUUUGCAAUUAAUACAGCAUGAGCACGGCCAGAACAGAGAACCCUGUUAUAAUGGGUCUUUCCAGUCAAAAUGGUCAGCUGAGGGGCCCUGUGAAGCCCAGUGGUGGCCCCGGAGGAGGGGGCACACAGACACAGCAACAGAUGAACCAGCUGAAAAAUACCAACACAAUCAAUAAUGGCACUCAGCAGCAAGCACAGAGUAUGACCACCACUAUUAAACCUGGUGAUGACUGGAAAAAGACUUUAAAACUCCCUCCAAAGGAUCUAAGAAUCAAAACUUCGGAUGUGACCUCCACAAAAGGAAAUGAGUUUGAAGAUUACUGUUUGAAACGGGAGUUACUGAUGGGAAUUUUUGAAAUGGGCUGGGAAAAGCCAUCUCCUAUUCAGGAGGAGAGCAUUCCCAUUGCUUUAUCUGGUAGGGAUAUCUUAGCUAGAGCAAAAAAUGGAACAGGCAAGAGCGGUGCCUACCUCAUUCCCUUACUUGAACGGCUAGACCUGAAGAAGGACAAUAUACAAGCAAUGGUGAUUGUUCCCACUAGAGAACUUGCUCUACAGGUCAGUCAAAUUUGCAUCCAGGUCAGCAAACACAUGGGAGGGGCCAAAGUGAUGGCAACCACAGGAGGAACCAAUUUACGGGAUGACAUAAUGAGGCUUGAUGACACAGUGCAUGUGGUGAUAGCUACCCCUGGAAGAAUCCUGGAUCUUAUCAAGAAAGGAGUAGCAAAAGUUGAUCAUGUCCAGAUGAUAGUGUUGGAUGAGGCAGAUAAGUUGCUGUCACAGGAUUUUGUGCAGAUAAUGGAGGAUAUUAUUCUCACGCUACCUAAAAACAGACAGAUUUUAUUAUACUCCGCUACUUUUCCUCUUAGUGUACAGAAGUUCAUGAAUUCCCAUUUGCAGAAACCCUAUGAGAUUAACCUGAUGGAGGAACUAACUUUGAAGGGAGUAACCCAGUACUAUGCCUAUGUAACUGAGCGCCAAAAAGUACACUGCCUCAACACACUUUUCUCCAGGCUUCAGAUAAACCAGUCGAUCAUUUUCUGUAACUCCUCUCAGCGAGUUGAAUUGCUAGCCAAGAAGAUUUCUCAACUGGGUUAUUCUUGCUUCUAUAUCCAUGCUAAAAUGAGGCAGGAACAUCGAAAUCGUGUAUUUCAUGAUUUCCGAAAUGGCUUAUGCCGCAAUCUUGUUUGCACUGAUUUGUUUACCCGAGGUAUUGAUAUACAAGCUGUGAAUGUGGUAAUAAACUUUGACUUCCCAAAGCUGGCAGAGACCUAUCUCCAUCGUAUUGGAAGAUCAGGUCGCUUUGGUCAUCUUGGCUUAGCCAUCAACUUGAUCACAUAUGAUGAUCGCUUCAACCUGAAAAGUAUUGAGGAGCAGCUGGGAACAGAAAUUAAACCGAUCCCAAGCAACAUUGACAAGAGUCUGUAUGUGGCAGAAUACCAUAGCGAGCCCGUAGAAGAUGAGAAACCUUAACAAGCAUGUGCGUACCUGACAGAACAGUAGCUAAGCUUUGACAAACUACAGAAGGCUCGUUUGGAUCUGUGACACAUCGUUUGGGGGGGAUGCUCUUCUCUUUGUGGGUUUUUCAUCUUCUUUUAUUUUGGAACUAUGAAGACUUAAAAGAGCUCAGACAUUUUUUUCUUUUUUUAACUGGUGAAGAGAAAAAGCUGAAAAGAAGGAAUUUACCUUUUUUGUUCCACUUGUUUGCACUGUGUGCUGACUGAACAUUAGUUGCACUAACUGCUGGUUUUUAAAAAAUGUUUUCUGGGGAAGGGGGACAAGGAAGGAGGAGAAAGAAGAGAAGGGGAGAAACCCUAAAAAGAGAAGAAUCUUGAUGAACACACAAGCUUGUCUACAAUUUCAAAAUUCUCCAACAGCUGACUCUUGAGUGCAUUUCAACUUCUCCCUAAUUACUCAUCCGUUUUUUAAGCCUGAAGAGCUUAUUACUUAUUUGUGCGAAGUGCCUUAUGCUAUGAGACCAUUCAGAGUAUCAUCUUUUAGACACAGCCCAAGGAAUCAACAUAGUAAUUCUUUGCUUUUUUUCUUUUUUCUUUUUCCUAUCUUUUAAAAAUUUUUUGUCUUUUCAUUUUGGUUUCAAGUUGAAGUCUCUCCCUUCCCUUUUUACCCAGUACUCAAGCCCAGGGCUGGAAGAUGAAACAUAUUAGUAAUGUUAAACACCAUUUUCUUUUCGUUUAUGUGGAGGAGUUGAUAUGCAACUGCAGUUCAUCCGCACUGUAAAUACAUGUAUUUAAAAAAAAAAAAACAAUCCCAAGUAAAGAUUUCUUCUGGGCUGAGUAGAUUCCAACAUCAUCGCUCCCAAAGGAAAGAGCAGUCUAUCAUUGCAGGAGCCAUAUGACACGCCUUUGUGCUCUAUAGCAGAACACUAAAGACUGGUUUACAUACGCUUCCAUUAGCAGUUAUGGCACUUGAUGUGUAGACAUGUCAGAGCCUUGACCCUCUUUCCUCCGUGGCAGAGCGUGUCCCAUAGAAAAUUGGGUGUGUAUACUUGUAUAAACUUUGUAAAUAAGUUUUUUUCUGGGUUCAUAUAUAUAUAUACAUAUAUAUAUAUUUUUUUUUUGGAUGAAGGUUGCUGGGAUUAAGGGGAUUAGAGUGAUUAUGGGAGCAGCUAAAGAUGAGAGGGGCUCAGUUUUCCGCAACACUAAAUUCUAAAAAGUACUUUUGGCCUCUUGCUGUAGAGAGCAGACCUCUGUGGGGACCCUGUGUUGGAAGAGGGACCCAGAAGUCUGGGAUUCACUGUUUGCUGCCACACUGUAUCAUCUGAUACCUUUGGAGAACACCUGCGAGAGAGAGUAAGGAAACUUCAAAAACCUCCGAUUCAGGAUGCUAGUUUUGAGAAGCUCUCUCUGAUUUUGCUUCUUCCCCCUUAAAAAAAGUUUGAGGAACUUUUCAAGCUCAGCAAAAGGGGACAAAGAUUAAUCUCCCUUGCAGUGUGGGGAUUCAGUUGAGUGGCAGUGUCUGAGCAGUGUAUGUACAAAGCAUGGAUUUGCAUUUCAGAAUACUAGCCAGUACCAGCUUUGGUAACGUUAGCAGUUCUGGAGCUUACUUUCUGUGGAUCACUUCCUGUACUCUGUAAGUGUGUUGCCCUCCGCCCACCUUGAUCCAUAAACUUCCAGGAAUGGGCAACUCCUGAGAGCUGUUAACUUUCAUGCUACAGAAAGCUGCUUGCCAUCCUCUUGCUUUGUGACAAGAAUUAUCUGUCAUUUUGCAUUGUAAAUUGCUGGCAAAUGCUUUACAGUUAAUAGUGUUGCUUUAAAUUGUGCCCCUCCCAACAUGCUUGAUGUUUGGCCUGAUCUCCAGGCAAAAGGAGUGAGAUGAAUCAAAACCAGUGAACUUUUUUUUUUUUAAUGUUUUUAAUUCCCUUUUAACCCAGUGUACUAGGUCAGUCAGGAGGCAUCUAGGGUUUUAAAAAAAAGCAAAAAAAUAAUAUGAAAAAUACCUGAUUUCCAUACUGCAUUUUUUUCCAGACCCUAAAAUAUUACAAGGUAAAUCCUGCAUACGCUUUCGUGCUUAACUCAUCUGGGUAAAGAAAUCAAUUAUUCAAAGUUGCUUUUUUUUUUUUUUUUUGACUCUUGCCUAGUUCUAAGCAAAACUAUUUGUGACUCACCCAAAACUCCUUAGGAUCAAAAUCCUGCAGAUGCCUCCUGAUCAGACA